AGUGGACGGAGGGGGUAUUCAGAAUUUCUCGAGUAAAGUGCACAGAUAUAUACCUUACUUCACCAUUUAAGAGAUCUUUUUGGUGUAUUUCUAAGGAUCGACUGGAAUUUUUCUGCAAAUUGAUAGAUUCAUAAUUGUCUUUGCUUUUUCUACAGGUAGGUCCACAAAAUUUUGAAAUGUAGAUAGACAAAAGAAAAAGUACUACUCUUUAAUAUAUUGAAUGAAACUUUUGCAGCUGUAGCAUAUUGGUAAAUAAAACAAUGGAGGGUGAAAUACAGAGUAUACCAAUGACAAUUCUUCUUUUUGUCAAUAUAUUGCUAUACGAGAUGCUCCUUAUUCGAUGUGAUGGACGUGUUGCUUUGUUUUUUGGGCUAAGCUUUAAUGUCACGUGGACAGUGAAUAAUGCAACGCAGUAGUAUGCAAUAGUGGAUAUGAAGGUAAUGCUCUUUGAAUUGAUGUGUUCAGUAGUGGGGUUGGCAACAAAGCCUCUCUCACUAGUUAAGGUAUCUUGUGUUUUUGGCGCGUGGAGCAUCUCUAUUGUAAUCCAGACCUGGACAGAGCUGCUGAGGGCUGCUAUACAUCUUCAUAUUAUUAUCUUCUGGAAGCUUGCAAUCUGGACAAUUUUUAUAUUUACUCUUCCUAUGCGAGCAAUUACUGCAUUGCAAAGGGAAAGAGAGCUAGAGUUGCAACUGCAUGGAGUGAGAACUGAAUUAGAAAGUGUUCUCUGGGAUAGGAAGGAACUAGAAGAACAGCUGCAUAUGGCAAUCAGGAAACAUAAAAUGAUGCAGAUGAUGUUAGAAGAACUUGAAGGUGAACAUGAUGAGGCCAUUGUUAGAAUUCAGUUGCUAGAAGGGGAGGUUCAGGAUUUGAAGGACGAAAAUCAAAGGUUAAAAGAGGUUCGAGGUAAAACACUUUGGAGCUGCAAAGAUAAAUGUGACACAGGCAGUAGUCAUGAUACAAACAGUGAUACUAAGGACACCAAUAAACUUGGGGUGUCGGGUUUCAACAGAAACAUUGAUCGAGUAAUGGUGCAUGAAGACAUCUGGGAGGAGACACGUGAUAUUGUAAAAGAAGGGUUGAAAUCCUGUGGGCCCCACAUCAUCGCACAAGAUCUAAACACAAGCAAUAUUUUGGCCAGAAGGAGGGAACUUGCUCUUUCUCGAAGCCUCUUCAGUGCAAUACUGUCGCUCGUCGUCGGGAUGAUUGUAUGGGAAGCUGAGGACCCUUGCGUGCCUCUAGUCAUUGCUCUUUUUACUGUUGUCACCAUGUCCUUGAUGAGUGUCAUUCAAUUUUUCACGACCAUUAAUAACAAGCCUGCAUCUGAUGCUGUUGCGCUCUUGAGCUUCAACUGGUUUAUACUUGGCACAUUGGCGUAUCCAUCACUACCAAGGGCGGCUCGUGUGUUGGCUCCCCUAGCAUCAAGUGUUGUUGAGAGGACACUCGUCUGGCUUAGUCUGCUAUAGAUAUCGAAAGCUCUUUUCCAUGUUUGGAGUUUAUCUUCUACCGUAGUAGGAGAAAGUAAAAUUUAGAUCACUUUGCUUAUCUCGUGUUUAAUUUUUUGUUUUUUUUUUUCCUUGCAACCUAACUGAAGGAUGUUUUGUAAAUUGCACACUCAAUUCGAGAAGGUCGAAUUUUGUCUCUCUUGUAUAAUUUUCUAAAUGGAAAAGGUGCAAUUUUAUGCCA